GCAGCAGCCUCGCGAGAAGUGCGGGCGGUUCUCGCGAGAUCCCCCGCUCAGUCCUGCCUCCUUGCCUAGGAGCUCCGCUGGUACCGCCGCUGCAUGUGCCAUUUAAGAGGGCGGCAGCAGCAGGAGGAACCACCGCCCCCUCCUCCGAAACCUGAGGGCUCCCUGGAUCUAGGUUGAGAAACUGUGCUCGCUGGGAACCUGUUCUUUGCUUGUGUGGUUCCUAGAUCUGUGAGAUGGCGAUGGAUGCAGCCGAUUCUGCAGUUCUCGAUUGCAAAGGAGACCAAAGGUGCAGUGCAAGGCCUGAUGCGGACUAUCCCCUCCGGGUUCUCUACUGCGGAGUUUGCUCGUUGCCAACAGAGUACUGCGAAUACAUGCCCGAUGUGGCUAAAUGCAGGCAAUGGUUAGAGAAGAACUUCCCAAACGAGUUUGCAAAACUUACUGUAGACAAUUCUCCAAAACAAGAAUCUGGAGUUGGAGAAGGUCAAGGAACAACUGGUGAAGAGGAAGAGAAGAAAAAGCAAAAGAGAGGUGGGAGAGGUCAGAUAAAACAGAAGAAGAAAACGGUACCUCAAAAAGUGACAAUAGCGAAAAUCCCAAGAGCAAAGAAGAAAUACGUCACGAGAGUGUGCGGUCUUGCAACAUUUGAAAUUGACCUCAAGGAAGCACAAAGAUUCUUCGCUCAGAAAUUCUCCUGUGGUGCCUCUGUAACAGGAGAGGACGAAAUAAUCAUUCAGGGGGAUUUUACAGAUGACAUCAUCGAUGUCAUCCAGGAGAAAUGGUCUGAGGUGGAUGACGAUAGCAUCGAAGAUCUAGGAGAGGUCAAGAAGUGAUAUUGUGUUUUUUUUAAAAACAAUGCAAAACAACACCUGCCUUUUAACGAACACAGAGUUCUAGUUGACGUAGCCAAAGCAAGGCUUCUACGCGUGUUUGCCUGACAGCAAAACUGUUAAAAGGGGCCCUUACUGUUGGCAUUUUCACUGUUCUGUAUUGGCUGCUUAUUUUCUGUUUGUGAUUUUUGCCAAAGUUUAAACUUGGGGAGGGGGACGUUGGUGGGGGUCUAUCAUGCUUAUGCAUGAAGUAGAGACUUAAAUAAAGAAGUUAUUGUUCCUCACCACAUAAAAGGUUUCCUUAUUUUUCUAACUCUUCUAGUUUUAAGUCCCUCGUUGGUCCUCUAGAUUCCCUUGUCAAAAAGAAGGCAGGCGACCUAAAAUCUUGAUGUACUACACGCAUGGCACAAUCUACUGGGAACUGAAAGAGAAUUGCACAUGAAAGUUUUUGCCACAAUAAAUCUGUUCAUCUUUAAGGUGCUGGGA